UCGUCCAAUAAAACCACCGCCAAACGAUGAACUCAGCGCUUCGAAAUGCUUACUUCAUUUUCUCCCGCUCCUUAAACCCUACUUCAAACCCUAGCAGUUUUCCCCUAAUCCUUUCCUUACAUUCGCUUCAAUCCAUUGCUGUUUCUUGUCUUCCAUUGCGGAUCAAGCGUCAACAACAACCCUAUCGCUCGCCCUGUUCUUCUUUUUUCUGUUCCUCCUCUUCAAUGGCUGGCGCCGACGCCGACGCACCUGCUGCAUCUUCUUCUGUGGAGAAGCAAUUCGUGGAUUUUAGAGUUCAGCUAGAAGAUUCUGGAAGCUUACGCGACCGAAUUCGAAGUGUGGCCAUGGAGAUCGAGUCAUCCACGAGGCUCAUGCAGGCUAGCUUGCUUCUGGUUCAUCAGUCUCGUCUAGCUCCUGAGGUUCUUGAAAAGCCAAAAGCGCAGGUUGGUUUAUUGAAGUCGCUCUACAAGCGACUGGCUGAAAUUCUUCGUGAGAGCCCUGGUCUUUACUAUAGGUACCACGGAGACUGGAGGAGUGAGACGCAGACAGCUGUUUCACUGCUUGCUUUUAUUCAUUGGCUAGAAACAGGGGAACUUCUUUUGCACCCCGAAGCUGAGGAAAAACUUGGGUUAAAUGAAUCUGAUUUCACUUUGGAUGUUGAAGACUAUCUUAUUGGAAUAUGUUUCAUGUCCAAUGAAUUGCCACGAUAUGUUGUCAACCAAGUGACAGUUGGAGACUAUGAUUGUCCAAGAAAGGUGCUCAAAUUUUUUACUGAUCUUCAUGCAGCCUUCCGUAUGCUUAAUCUUCGCAAUGAUUUUCUCCGCAAAAAAUUUGAUGGAAUGAAGUAUGACUUGCGAAGAGUUGAAGAAGUAUACUACGAUGUUAAGAUCCGAGGUUUAUCAGCAACUCGAGACUAAACAAUGAGACUAUUGUUGACUAUUUUACAAGCUUCAGCACACAAGGAAAAAGGGGGGAUGGCCCCAGCUUGUGUUGAUUAUGUUAAAAACUCAAAGAUGUUCUAGGGUAACAAGUUUUUGUUUGGUAUAAAGAUAGAAAAUGAUACUUGGUGAAUGCCUUAAUCUUGCAAUGGGUCAUUCUCCAAGGAAUAGUGCUUAUCGUUGCUGAGGUAUUAAAGUGCUUUUGAGUUGCUCCUUUUGUA